AUGACGGAGACACCAACUUUGCGGACGCCGGGGUCAACUUUUCACACGGAAGAGUUGAUAGAGAGGUUCGAGGACACGGGAACGGGACCGAACGCUAUUAUUAUGGGUGUGAACGCGAUCCAUUUCGGUCCACCGAUAGGCAUCAUCGUUUUCCUCACCGUUCCGGAGGAUGUGACGCUUGCGGAGAUAGAAGACUUCACGCUGGACGGUCCGGAGUUCGGUAUUAAUUUGGGACAACCUGACGGUUUUGCGGAGUCGUGGGUGUUUUCCGUACCGUCUUUACGUGUCCGUUCCUACGGUAUGGGAAAUCUAUUUAGGAUAUGGUGGAGCGACCGAUCGGUUAUGGCAGUUGAGUACGAAAACAGCUUACCGGCCGUCAGCGGUAUUGCUGCUCUUUAG